AUCGUUUGACUUUGAGCUUCCUUCUUCUCACACCAAAACGCACUUUUCUUCGUUAAACUUCCCUACGAACCUUUCAUAAUGCGUUUCGCUCUCGUCACUGUUGCCCUUGCUGCUGCCUCUGCCUCUGCUUCCAGCCUCUACAGUCGCCAGAACAUUCCUGCUUGCGCCGGUACAUGUAUCGCGUCCGCUGACCUUGGCGGCUGCUCUGCUACCGACAACGCCUGUCUCUGCAAGAGCACGGCCUUCGUCGACAGCACCGCUGCUUGCAUCGAGACGGCCUGCACAGGCUCUGACCUCCAGGCCGCUAUCGCCGCUGCCGAGGCACUCUGCGCUGCCGUCGGCGUGACGUUGAGUGGUCUCCCAACUGGAUCCGCCACCACCGCAGCUGCAACCGGCGCAUCCUCUGGCUCCGCUGCCGCCACCACCGCCACUACCCCCGCUUCCAGCAAAUCCGCCGCAGCUUCCAGCCAUUCCGCCGCAGCUUCGGGCUCAUCCACCAGCUCCUCCGCCCCAGCUGCUACCUCCUCCAAGUCUGCUGGCUCCAUUUCUGGCGUCAACGCCUUCGCUGGCAUGGCUGCCUUUGGCCUCGCAGCCCUCGCUCUCUGAGGAAACUGGGAUGGUUUAUUUUGCUGCCCACCACCAUACAUACAUACGUCAUGAUGCUCCACUUCGACAUUCGUUUUUGCUUACUUGCACCCCACCCCUUUCUUGCCGUCGUGAUACCCAUGAACUCUAUAUGAUGGUUAGCCAAGUACUGUAUAGUGUUCCAGCUAAAUGAUUAUUGGUAUGAAUCUUUGAAACAUUCAACAUCCCUUCCCUGCUC